UGCACAUUCAACUCGUAUCUGUCCAUAAAUGCGUUUAUUUACAGUCUGUCAGAAGCACUGACUGGGAUUUAGGUGACACGGCGAUAUGGACAGAGACAACAAAGCCGAGUUUGACCCCAAAGAUCAUCAGCAUCUGCGGUUCAACCCGCUGCGCGGCUCCUGGGUUCUGGUGUCGGCUCACCGCAUGAAGCGACCCUGGAAGGGCCAGGUGGAGAAGCCUUCAGAGGACAGCGUACCCCGCCACGACCCCAGCAACCCACUCUGCCCACGCAGCACCAGAGCCAAUGGAGAGGUGAAUCCUGAUUAUGACAGCACCUUCCUGUUUGAAAACGACUUCCCGGCACUCCAGCCUGACGCCCCGGACCCUGGUGCUGACCACCAUCCUCUCUUCCAGACCAAGGCUGCCAGGGGAGUUUGCAAGGUCAUGUGCUUCCACCCGUGGUCUGAUGUCACACUCCCCCUGAUGCAGCCGGCAGAGAUCCGCAAGGUUGUGGACAAAUGGGCGGAGUUAAUCCAGGAGCUCGGCCAAUCAUACCCCUGGGUGCAGAUAUUUGAGAAUAAAGGAGCAAUGAUGGGCUGUUCCAAUCCCCAUCCCCACUGUCAGGUGUGGGCCAGCAGCUUCCUGCCCAAUGAGCCGGCGCUGGCUGAGCGGAGCCAGAGGGACUUCCUGCGCGCCCACGGGGAGCCCAUGCUGCUGCAGUACGCACGCCAGGAGGCCCAGAGACAGCCUACCCCGCCAGCCCCCGGCCCCACCACCAUCACCCUCACCAUCACCACACCAGGCAUCGUCGCCGUGCCAGGCUUGAGCCAGAAAAAGACCCAGCCAGGGUGA